AUGGCUACAGGUAAUUACUCCCUAAUUACUGAGUUUAUACUUAUAGGACUGACUAACCAACCGGAACUCCAGCUGCCCCUCUUCCUCCUAUUUCUUGGCAUCUAUGUGGUCACUGUGCUUGGGAACCUGGGAAUCAUCAUAUUGAUUAGACUCAGUUCUCAUCUUCACACCCCCAUGUACUAUUUCCUUGGCAGUUUGUCCUUCAUUGAUCUCUGUCAAUCAACUAUCAUUACCCCCAAAAUGCUGGUGAACUUUGUGUCAGAGAAGAACACUAUCUCCUACACUGAGUGCAUUAUUCAGUUCUAUUUUUUUGCCUUUUUGGGAAUCUCUGAAUGUCACAUGUUAGCUGCCAUGGCAUAUGACCGCUAUGUUGCCAUAUGUCAUCCCCUUCUUUAUAGCCUUAUGAUGUCUCAGGAGGUGUGCUCCUGGUUGAUAGCUGUGGUGUAUGCAUUGGGCCUGGUUGAGGCCACAGCUCACACAGUCUGCUUGCUUAGAGUGCUCUUCUGUAAGGAAAAUGCUAUCAAUCAUUACUUCUGUGAUCUCCUUCCACUCUUGAAACUCUCUUGUUCUAGUACAUAUGUCAAUGAAAUGGUAAUUCUGUCAUUUGGUGCAUUUAAUAUCUUUUUCCCAAUCUUGACCAUUAUUUACUCUUAUGUUUUAAUCAUUUCUAGCAUUUUAAAAAUUCAGUCCACUGAAGGGAGAUCAAAAGCCUUCAGCACCUGUAGUUCCCAUAUUGUAGCAGUUGGUGUCUUCUUUGGCUCUUGUGCAUUCAUGUACCUACAGCCAUCUUCAUCCAGCUCCAUGGAUCAAGGGAAAGUGUCCUCUGUCUUUUACAGUACCAUAGUGCCCAUGUUAAACCCCCUUAUCUAUAGUCUGAGAAAUAAGGAUGUCAAAAUUGCCUUGAACAAAGUGAUAGAAAGAACAUUCUAA